GUUUGGUUUAGUUGUUUGGUUGUUUUUCUCAUUCUUUCUAAGUCUCCUUUUGUGUUGGGGGGAGGGGUUGUGGUUUUAAUUAGAUGGCACAAUUACCUCCCAAAAUUCCAAAUUGGCCUGAUUUUUCUCACCAAAGAGUAGCUUCAAUGGGUGCAUUACCACACGAUAAUGCAACCACCACCACCACACAAAACCCUUCAUGGGUGGACGAAUUCCUCGACUUCUCGACGACGAGACGCGGGACCCACCAGCGAUCCAUCAGCGACUCCAUUGCCUUCCUUGAGGCACCAAUGGUCGACGAAUGUCGCAGCGGUGGGGGCGGCGCACCACAUCCUCCAGGGAAUUCUGAUCACAACCAUCAUCACCAUGAAUUUGAUAAGUUUGAUGAUGAACAAUUCAUGUCAAUGUUCAAUGAUGAUGAUUUGUCUAAUGCUGUGGCCGCCACUGCGUCGUCGAACCCGUCCUCUUCGUCUGAUCGGAAUAGUAUUAACGACGAGAAGGAACCCACACCGUCCGAUCAAAAGCACCAAAUAAGGGUUGCUGAAUCUGAUGAGAUGCAAAGCCAAGACGAGUCCGAGACACUGGGAUUCGGGAAUAAUUCCAUAUCCGCACCAGAAACAAGUUCAAAUGAUCGAAUAAUCGACCCUAAAAGGGUCAAGAGAAUUUUGGCAAAUAGACAGUCUGCACAAAGAUCAAGAGUGAGGAAGCUACAAUAUGUAUCAGUGCUUGAACGUAGUGUAACAUCAUUACAAUCUGAAGUUUCCGUGUUGUCACCGAGAGUUGCAUUUUUAGAUCAUCAACGCUUGCUUCUGAAUGUUGACAAUAGUUCUCUUAAGCAAAGAAUUGUUGCCUUGGCUCAAGAUAAGAUCUUCAAAGAUGCUCAUCAAGAAGCACUUAAGAGAGAAAUAGAGAGACUGAGGCAAGUGUACAACGAACAGAACCUCAAGAAGAUGGAAACUGGAGCACCAAUAUCAUCGUCCCCAGCAACUGAAUCCAAGCCUCAUAAUACUGACCAGAAAGAUCAACAACAGCUUCUCCAAGUAAUUCGACUCCAAUCCGAUGAAUGUAUAUUCUCUGAAGUUGACUAAUAAAUAUGAUUCAUUUGUGAAUUAGACAUGUGGGUUUCAAUCAAAAUUUGAUUUUUAAGA